CGGCCGCGACAUGAACGUGGUCAUGGACGACUACAACCGUAAGCUGGAGGGGUACGAGAUGCGGCGGCUGCAGCGGAUGGGCCCUUCAGGCGCCAGUCUGACCCACACCGGCUCGGCGCGCGAGCUUCAACACAUGGGCUCGUCGCUGUCCAGCAACCAGCCGUCCAACGCCUCGUCCCCGCCGACGCUGCGCAUCUCGCCGGCGGGCCUACCGGCGCUGCACAAGGGCGCCAUACCGCCGGCACACCGCCACCACCACCGGCCGCACAGCCGCAGCUCGGCGCCCGACACCACCAACGGAUUCGGGACGCGCCUGCAGCGCAUGGGUUCCAGCACCACCGACUCGCCGUCGCCGCAGCCGCAGACGUUCGUGUCGUCGAUGACGGUGCCGGUGGGCGCUUACCGGCCGGCGCCGGCGCACGGCGGCAGCGCCCUGCAGCUGGCCGGCCUGCCGCCGGGCCCGGCCGUCCACCGCGCCGGCUCACACGGCCGGCUCGAGGGCGCGCCGGCCUCCAUACGCGGCGGACACGAGCCACCGCGGGAGAUGCGCGAGCCGCGCGGCUCGCGGCCCUCGCGAGCCGGCUCGCAGAGCUCGCGCGCUGGCUCGCAGUCGGUACUGACGAGGAUGGAGUCGGGAGAGUCGGAACCGCCGGCGACGUCUCGAUCGGCGAGCACCUCCCACCUGCCGCUGAGGAGCACCUCCAUCUCUUCGCUCAACUCGUCCGAGUCGUACCCGAGUCAGGAGCAGCAGUCACACUUCUCGCUGCGCUCGGCCCACUCUCACCACUCGGUCCGGUCACUCGGCGGGGCGUCUCAGCAGCUGUCUCUGUCGGCGCUGCUACCCCAGCCGGGCAUGUCACCCCCUCUGGACGACUGGGGAGCCGACCGAGAGAGUCCCCUCAGCGGCGCCGGCUUCUGGCGCUGCAUCAUGGCCUGUCACAGCAAGGUCGGACAGCAGAUCGCCAGAAAACGG